AUGCUGAACCAGAGGGACGCCAAGGUCGGCACCGGAACGACUUCGGUGGCGGAAGAGGUGGCCGAGGUGCAGCGUCUGCUGAAGGCGAGCGGGCUCCGGUACACGAUGCACUCCGCCGGGACGACGGUCGAGCGAGGCUUCGGAAAAACAUCGAGAUCCAGCACGGUGCAAGCUAACGGCGGCACUCCGGCGCGUGCAGAGGGCAGUUGGGACGAGGUCAUGGCCGUCGUCGGCAAGGCGCACACCGUUGUCCACCGCCGUGGCGUGGUUCGGGUGCAGUUGUCGAUGAGGGUCGGCUCGAGGCACGCCCCCCCAAAGAUCCUCUAUGCGCGAGCACGCCGGACGGCCGAGGAGAAGGUGAAGCGGGUGGAGAAACUGCUGGCAGACCAGAGCAGCUGA